AUGGCUUUGCUGACCACGCUCUUCGCCCUGCUGCUGAGCCUGGUGGCCGCAGCUGGAGCUCUCCCCUUCGCAUUCCGCCUGAUCGGCAAGGUGAUCGGAAAGAGCAUCCGAAGUAAGACGCAGCAUCGGAGGCAGAUUCUGAUCCGGAGAGCGCAGACAGAAGAGGAAGAACACAAGACACAGAAGAAGCAGGAGCAGGAGCAGGAGCAGGAGCAGGCUGGCACGGGCCGGCACACCCCUGAACACCCUCACACCGAUUCUGCGAAAGCCCGAGACGACAACUACGACGGAGUGAUUGGCUUCUUCCAUCCUUUUUGCAAUGCUGGAGGAGGCGGCGAGCGUGUCCUGUUUGCAGCUAUCCUAGCCACCCAGCAACGAUACCCAAAAGCACUGUGUGUAGUAUACACCGGCGACCACGAUGCAAGCAGAGACCAGAUUCUCUCCAACGUACGAAAUCGCUUCAACAUCCAUCUCAACCCAGCAAGACUCGUAUUCCUCUACCUGACAACGAGAGACAUGGUUCUUGCGACCAAGUGGCCAUACUUCACAUUGUUGGGCCAGAGUAUUGGUAGCUUGUGGCUAGCUUGGGACGCCAUGACUCUACUCGCACCAGACAUCCUAGUCGACACUAUGGGCUACUCAUUUUGCCUUUGGCUAUGCAAGUGGCUCUUUCCAGAACUUCCUACUGCAGCUUACGUGCACUACCCGACCAUAAGCACAGACAUGUUGCAAUCGCUUCACCAAGACGAUCGUCAUGGACUCAAUGCCGGCGCCGGCAGUGGGCUCAGAGGCAAGGUCAAGCAGAUCUAUUGGGAGCUCUUCGCCAAGCUUUACUCUUGGACAGGUGGAUCGAUAGACGUUGUGAUGACCAACUCGACAUGGACACAGAACCACGUCCAGUCAUUGUGGGUUCCUUCACGUAGUAGGAAGUCGAAGCAGCACAGCAUUCGCGUUGUCUAUCCGCCUUGCGCUGUGGCUGAAUUGCAGGAGAAGAUCCCUGUCGAUGCUGAGAGCGAGAAGCAGCGAACACGAAAUCUGCUAUACAUUGCACAAUUCCGGCCUGAAAAGAUGCAUCAGACCAUUAUCGAGGCAUUUCACCUUUUCCUCAAAACUCAUCACAAGGACACUCCGGUUGAAUCUCGGCCGCGCCUGAUUCUUGUUGGUAGUGUGCGGGAUGACCACGACGAGAAGCGAGUGUACAAGUUACGAUUACAAGCACAAGAGAUCAAAGACAGCGUCGAUUUUGUCGUGAACGCCAAGUGGCCUCAGAUUCUGGAAUACCUAAAGUCCAGCUCAGUCGGUGUCAACGGCAUGUGGAACGAGCACUUUGGUAUUGGUGUGGUCGAAUACCAGGCUGCUGGUCUAAUCAGUGUCGUCAAUAACUCUGGUGGGCCAAAGCUUGACAUAGUCGUUCCAAUCGACGGCAAGCCAACAGGAUUUCACGCAACCACGCCUCAAGAGUUCGCGGACGGAUUCGCAAACGCUUUAACACUUUCAGAAGAAGAGAUUCUCGCGAUGCGUUUGCGGGCACGGAAGAGCAGCUGGCGAUUUUCUGAAGAAGUCUUCAGUAAUGCUUGGCUUGAGCAGCUCAAAUGCCUCGUUGCAAUACAGCUGACAACGGGAGUCCGUAGGCCUAAUGCUACCUGA